UUAGAUAUCCAUGGUUCAGUUGAAAUUGCGUGCGAAAACCAUACAGUUUGGGAAUGUAAAGGAAGAAUGGCGCGGAGCAGUGAGCGUUCCGACAUGCCCUCGGUGUCUGAUAAGAUCAAUGAAAUUGGUUUUGGUUUAUACCAAGUCCAUGUCUUCGUGCUGUGCGCAGGUGUAGUGGUUGCCGAGUCCGGUGGUCUCCAGACUUCUGCAGCCCUGGCGUCGGCCAUCAUGCAGGAGUACAAAGUGAAGGGAGAUUUGGCGCAGGAAGCUCAAAUGUUGUCCACCUACAUGGGCUUUGCACUGGGCACCAUCAGCUCAGGCUUCUUGGGGGACUAUGCUGGGCGCAGGCUGCCAAUCUUUGUAGCGUAUCUGGGUAUGUGCUGCUCGGUGGUAGGUCUUUACCUGAUGCAGACGUAUGCAUCCCUAUGUCUGGGUUUCUGCAGCUUCGGCUUCUUUGGCGGCUUGGGGAUCCCUGCUGCCUUCAUCGCUCUGGCAGAGGUUUGUCCGAGCAAACUCCGGGGCGUGACGAAUGCCGCCAUGGCCUUUGCGUUCUGCUUUGGCGAUGUGUGGUGCGCUCUGGGAUUCCGCAUCUUGUUGCCGGAGCUGGUGGGCAAGGCGUGGCACGGCAUGUUGCUGUGGAUCGGCAUCCCGCCGUUCCUGCUACUCGCCUUCGGCUUGAUCAGUCCUGUGGCUCGAUUGGACACUGCGCACUUUCUAUCAGCCCGUGGUCAACUGGAAUCGGUGAAGGUGCUGGAGCUCAUGGCCUCCAUGAACGACUCUGGGCGGGUGGACCUGAGUGCAAUGGCCCCAGAGCAUGAGGAGAAGCCAGUGAGCGUGUCGGAUGCCCUGCAAAGCCUCACGAGUCGCGAGAAUUCCUUGAGCGUUCUGGCACUCUCUGUCAUGUUCUUUGUGAAAGACUUGGCCUUCUAUGGCAUGGGCGCUUUCUUGCCGUUGGCGUGGAGGAAAAGCUCCGUCUUGGAGGGUGCCUUACCUGCCACGGAGCUGCUGUGCACCGCCCUCGUGGGGGUACCGGGCGUCUUGGUGGCGAUGAUCCUGAUCUUUAGCCUCCCUAGGCGCCUGGCCUAUGCCGUGGCCGCCGGCAUUUGCGCCAUCGGAGUCUAUGCUGUGCAUGGCAUCCUGGACCAACAGGCCUUGUUUGGGGUGACUGGUGUGGUCUUCUACAAACUCUUCUACCCCACGGCACAGAUGAUCACCUUCUUGUUUCCGGCGGAAGUGUUUAGCACGCAGAUCCGGGUGUGGAGCAUGUCAAUCAUCGCGUUUUGUGGACGCAUGGCACCACUAGCUGUGCCGUGGAUCGUGCACACCUCUCAGCAUUUGUUCCUCUUCCUGACCAUGGGCUUCUUCGUGCUGGCCUCCUUGCUGGUUUGGAGCCUUCCGGAGACCAAGGAUACCGAAUUGAAGACCUUGUCGCCCGUGGCCACAAACACCAGGGUGAAGGCUUCUGGAGACGGCUAUGGAAGCACCGCAAUGGCAGUGGCCGGAUGAGGCCGCAAUGGUGUUCGGGUUUCAUCCUCUACGUGUCCCUCAGUUGAUGCGCGUUCUAAAAGCUACCUGUUAGCGGAUUUGGCGGACCUGUCUCCAAUCUCAGCACCGUAGCACAAUACAC